AUGGACCCGGGGAGACUUGGCCAGCUGAGGGCAUGCUGGCGCUGGAAGAAGGCGCUGGUAUUUAAAAACGGCGGAGGCAGACGAAAAGGGGGAAGGCAGAGAGUGAGGGGCUGCCCUGCCCGCCGGGGCCCCUUUCUUACCCCAGGAGGCCACCAGAACACCUGGAGAGGGCAGACGCACUGGAAGAGGAGGACGUGCUCCAGGGGUCCGGCACUGAUCAGUAGGGUUACUAGCUUGGUGUUUGGGAUGCUGUAUCCUGCUUAUUAUUCUUACAAAGCUGUGAAGACAAAAAAUGUGAAGGAAUAUGUCCGAUGGAUGAUGUAUUGGAUUGUGUUUGCUCUGUAUACAGUUACUGAAACAGUAGCGGACCUAACGAUCUCUUGGUUUCCAUUGUAUUAUGAGUUGAAGAUCGCUUUUGUUAUUUGGUUGCUCUCUCCAUAUACUAGAGGGGCAAGUUUAAUCUAUAGGAAAUUUCUCCAUCCUCUUCUUUCUUCAAAGGAAAGGGAGAUUGAUCAGUAUAUUGUGCAAGCCAAAGAACGAGGUUAUGAAACUAUGGUGAAUUUUGGGAGACAGGGUUUAAAUUUGGCAGCUACUGCUGCUGUGACUGCUGCUGUAAAGGGUCAAGGUGCAAUAACUGAACGACUGAGAAGUUUCAGUAUGCAUGAUUUAACAGCUAUUCAAGGAGAUGAGCCUGUGGGACAAAGGCCCUAUCAGAUUUUACCUGAAAACAAAAAGAAAACCAAAAGUUCUGUAAGUGAAUCUCUGGGUUACAGAAUUCCAUUGAAAAAAGAUUCUGGAGAUGAUAAAACAGAUGAGGAAAUGGAGGGGACUCAUUCAGAAGAUGAGAUGUUUGCUCAGAGGGGCCUCAGACGAUCACAAAGCAUGAAAUCUGUGAAAAGUAUUAAAGGCCGUAAAGAGAUACGGUAUGGCUCAUUAAAAUAUAAAGUGAAGAAGAGGCCUGCAGUGUAUUUUUAAGUGAACUAUACUUUAAAGACAAACUGCUGUAUUAUAGUAACUUUAUUUAGCACAUGUUGUUCAGGAUUUGUGUAUUAUAAACUUUAAGCACAUUGGUAGGACUAAUUUUUAUCAAUCUAAACAGCUGUAUUAGUUACUUUUCAUUUUUAAUGGCUUAUCAUUUUGGCUUGAUUGUUAAAUCUGGCGAGGAAAAAUCUGGUGCUAGGUUUCUGGACUCCUUAAACUUUGUAAGAAUUUAAUGAAUGACAAAAACAAAGCCUGAACAAAGUACUGAACAACUGCAAGUUCAACUGAUAUUAAUGGAAAUUGAUGUUAUUCAGCUCUUACAAAACUUAAGCUUAUAGUGUUUCCCAGUUUAAAAUGCAAAAAUAGAUAUACUCGAAUUUUUUUCUAAACCAAGAUUUUUCAAAAAGCUUUUAUAGUUGUGUAAAAAUGUACAGUUUGACAGUGAAUGAAGGUGGGAGAAGGAAAAAAGGAAAGCCAUUUAUAUUUGGUAUGUCCUUAGAAGACCUUCUUACGCCUUAUUUCUUAAUAUUGUAAUUAAUAAUAGGUGCAGAUGCACUUUGACAUCUGUACAACAGUUUUGCAUACUUGUUUACUGUUUUAUAACUGUACAUAUAUUAGUGAUAUUUUUAAAUCAGGUUUCACCAAUGUAUUUUUAAAUGGCAGCAAUGUAAUCCUUAUAUUACCACAUCUCUGUGUUGUAGAUAAUUGCUACUAAAUUUUAAAUAAUUUGGUGAGGUGCUUUGUAGAGGAGGUAUUCUUUCUCCAGCACAGUCAGAUGUAAAGUCAUUUAUCACUAAUAGCCAGGUCUCAGUUUUAAAUUGCAGUAGAUACAAAUUUGGAGCAAUUUGUGAAAUAUCAGGGACCUGAUCAACUAAUUAGUUGUGUGAUACAAUUACUAUUGAAAUGAAUGGGAUCUGAUGGACUGUUCCAGGCCCUACAUUGUAGGUUUUUUGCUAAGACUUAUUUUACAAGAUAUUUCAAAUAGUUUUACUAUAUCAAUUUUGAGUUCUGACAUGUUUACAAUUUACACUUCUCUUCUUUUUUAUCAUUCCUGAGGUCGUCAGUAAGAUAUUUGUGUAUAAAUAGUUCUUUUCAAGAUGGUCUUCUCACUGAUUCAGUCAGCAUUGCUGUAUCUAAUUAAGAUUUUUAAAACUAAAGAAAAUGUUCUUAUAUAUCUAACCAAGAGGGAUAGAAGGAAAAUAUUAUGGUAAAGAAGUUUUUUAUACAACUAUCUCUGUAGUUAAUAAGCAGGGAAGAAAAAUAUGAUUUAAAAAAUGAAUGCAAUUUAAAAUGUAUUCCGUGGUGACAAAAGUGUCACUCUCCGUUUUAAAGGACGAUGUGUCAAGGAUCACUUCCAAAAACUUUCUAUCCUGCAAAUUAUCAUCUUCCAGAUACGAGCAAAAUCCAGCAAGUAGAGACUGUAAAAGGGUAGUAAGAUUUUUACCAUCUGUAAUCUGUCCUCUUCUCUCUCCCACCUCCAUUCAGUAGCAACCCUGUCUACCAGCCCAGUGUAGCCCACUGUAAGAUUUAAGUUUUGUCUUACCUAAAUUGUUCUUAUUUCUAAUGUUACUGUCACCAGAGAAACUCUACUAGUGGGAACGUCUUUUGGGGCGGCUGCUGGCAUUCUAACCACAGUAUCAUGUAGAUUGGUGUUUUUCAAUCUUUUUUUUAUAAAGUACCCCCUUUAAAAAAAUAAGUACCCCAGUACCUACAGUUUUCAGACACACACAGUGUUUUUCUACCAUUGCAACACAUUUGUUUAAACAACUUAAUCG